AUAACCUUCGUGCCUUCGCACGCGCUUCAACCUGUAGUGGAGAGCAAGAGCCCCACUCGACGUUCGGUGGGGCCAGAGAUGUUCCCCUCGUUUCGCAUCGUUUCGCACGAACAUGUUGCUCUUGCUGCAACGUAUGUACGGAAGGUCUGGGGAGUAGAGCGAAGUGUCGAGGGAGAGUGGGGUUGCGAGCACAGUCAGUAAGUGAUAUUUAUUCUAGUUUGACGCGUACAUAAAGAAGUACACUGUAUUGUCAAUUACUUGUAAUUGUUGAUCCAAGAAGAACUUCAUCGUUUCUAAAUUGCAUCAAUUUUUGGUCUUGUAGUCCUGUUUCUCUUUCUGUUUAUUUUCCAAACAUGCAACAUUCCUAGUCCUAGUGAAGAUGUGAGGAGGGUUUUUUUCUGGGAGAUGAGAACUUCCUCAGACACAACCACCACGUGGAGGCACUAGCACCUGCCCCAUGUACACGUACUCAUGGUUCGAGCAACUGUGCCUUGUCCUCUUGUACGCUUUUUUCCCAUCACAUCGUAACCAAUUCGUGGAGUUCUGGUCUACUGUAGAUUUGUUCUCAUGCUCAUGUGAAACUACCGCACGAGACACACAUCAUGAGAGACCACAACCGGGGCCCGGAUAUGCCGUCCCUCAAGCACCGGGCCUCGUUGCAGGGACAUGCCCAACAGCAGCAGCAGCAGCAGCAACAACAGAACCAGGAACAGCUGCAGCAGAUGCCGAAUCAGCACCACAUGCUCCUGCAACAAAGGCAACAGCAGCAGCAGCAUGAUCACCUGCACCCGCAGUACCAUAUGCAGCAGGUGGAAGUGCAACCGCAACACAGAAUACAGGUGCCACCGCAGCAGAGUAGAGCGGUCUUGCAACCGCAACAGCAGCUACUCGGUCACCAACAACCCCUCCAACAGCAGCAGCAAAUCUGGACUGCACAAGGGAUACAGCAGCAGCAGCAGCAGCAGCAGCCGCUGCCAAGGCCGCUAGAACACCAGCAGCUCCUGGGACAACAGCAGCAGCAAAUCCGGACUUCACACGACAUAGAGCAGCAGCUUUUGCGCAGGCCACAAGGGCACCAGCAGCUGCGACAACAGCAGAGCAGACUGCAGGUCCACGCUAGUACCCACAUGCAGAAUCCGCCGCUCGGGGGCGUCCCGGUAGAACAGCACAAAUUGCAGCCUCCGGCGCAACAAGAGCAUGUUCCGUCCGGCCUGAUACCACGACGUGGUAAAAACCAAAAUCCGGUUGCCGAACCGGAAUCAGGCCGCGCGAAGGGUAGUACUAGCCGACUUUUACCAGAAGUUCGGGCGCGAGAAGAGCAGAACCACAAUGCAAGUAACUCCGCUUCGUCUCCGUCAGAACAGACCGCACAACAAACAAGCAACAACAGCUCCAAAAUGACCUCAUCCCGCAACACAUUCUUAGACCCCGUCGCCGAAUCAACGCGAUCAGGUGUAGGAAGCAGCGGCAACCCGGGCGGUGGCGCGUCGUCUAAUACCAACAAUUCUCUGCUGCGCCUCGGCGUGCGGAGCGGGGCCUCGGUCCGAGCAGAGGCGCUCCUGCGCGUUCAAAAUGCCCCUUCUGCCCCUGCGUCGAAAGACACUAUUGUCAGCGACAGCGAGCUCGCAUCAGAACGGAUUCGAGGCGAGGAAGAGAAACGGCAACAAGUAUGGAAGUGACUUCGCGUUUGUUCAUUCAUCCUCGCUGUUACUAACAUCAUUUCUCAUGCAGAAUCAGUAUCAACACCCUCUGGGUAGCUACUUCGCAUGACAGGUUCACCGCGCAGCAAAAAUCUGCAAUGCUUUUAGGUUCUUUGCUCGCCUACUUGCAUCACAAAUUCUUGCAACAGCGAACAAUGGAAGAACAACGCUUGAGAGCGCCAUAACCAGCAUUAGCCGAUGUUGAUCGGGAACAAGAACUAUCAAAUGCAAAUAUGUCAUCUGAGUCUGGAAGGUUGAAACUUGUGCUGCUGUCCAAAAUCUGUAUUGCGUCACUACCAAGAGGAUCCGAGUUUCUGCUACACGGUGGACAGGGUAUUUCUCAUGCGGAUUUUAAAUGAGGAAGCCCCAUGCCCAUAAAAAUCUGCAAUGCUAGGUCAUGCAUCACAGGCAUCAUGGGUCAUGCAAAAUACGCACGACAAACCUCCAGACCCACACAUAUUUGCAUUUGAUAAGAACGAGUGCGAGAAGAGCGUCGUGAAGAGGCAGAAAAACGGGUAUCCUUUGCAAAAGUAUCGUACUCGUAUUGCAAGCAUGCAUUACAAAUUUUUUUCCGAACCUAAAUCCAAAUUUUAUUUCUCAUGCUGCGGAAAUUUGUAAUGCAUUUAUACGAGUGCGAUACUUUUGCACUGCAUAACGGGCUAUCAAAUGCAAAUGAUGUGUCUCAGUCUGGAAGAAUGUGAAAGGUUUGUCAUGACGCAGCUCCUUGUGGAGCUCAAAGAUGAUCGUCUAGCAUGGUAAGGUAAGUACUUGCACCCGGAGGCAUUACUAUAGAUUGUGCAAGAAGAGCUUCUUAGUUCCUAUUUCGCAUGAGAGAUUCCCCCUUUGCGUGGCAAGAAGUGGGCAACAACAGUUGUUGCUCCACCGAACUACACAGUCUUUUGGUUUUGCACGAUUCAAUCAUCAGAUUCUGCAUGACAAGUUUCCAUGGAGUCCCAGUCCUUUCGGCCAUGUUUGCAAUGCAUACGACCUCGAGCGGAACGACUGCGGAUAGCACGAGAGCAGGAACAGGAUCGCCUCGCUGAGGAACGUCGCCGGGAGGCCGAACAGGCCCUCCGAAACGUCGAAAAGGUCAAGCUCGAGCGCACUAACAAACGGUCAGAACGUGUGGUGAAGGAACUGGUAUCAAAUGCAAAUAUGGCUGGGUCUGGAAGAAUGCAAACUUGUGAUGCUGCAUUUGGAUUCCAAAAAAAUCUGUAUUGCGUAAGCAGAAAAGGGAAUGCGAUUAUUUUGGCUACGCGGAGAGGGCAUUUGUCAUGCGGAAUAAAUAGGCAUCGCGAAGCCCUCAAAAAGUCUGUGAUGCUAGGGCAUGCAUCACAGACACCAUGGCCCAUGCAAAACGCGCAUGACAAGUCUCAGAAAUUUCCAGACCCAGACAUUUUUACAUUUGAUAACCGGCAAAAAUGAACAAGGUGCAGGAGAAGCAAGCCAGGGACGAAGCAGAGAAAAAAAGAGCCGCCCAGGCAAAAAUGGAGCAGGAACGCAAACGUGCGGAGGGGGAAGCUACACGAGCGAAGGAAGCACGGGGCAGAGCGGAGGAAGCGGAAAAGGAAAAGAAAAAAGCAGAGCACAAACUGCACAUCCAGAACCUCGCGUACGAAGGGCUGCAAGACGACUAUCUCAAGGCCAUGAAUUUGCAACCUAACCUAUCAAAAUGAAUAAAAGAAAAGCUGCUCCCUUUAUUUCCAUAGAUAUUUAUUUCCAUGACAAGACUUCUUUGCGCCGCAGUUUCGAAAUGCAAGUCUAUAUAGAGCCGAACGAGCGGAGUUGGUUUGAACCUACAGCCGCAACUACGGUCGUGGCGAACAAUUUGUUAUAGACUCUUACAGUUGUACCUCUCUCUCGACGUCGGCUUGUAAGUCUCUGAAGUCGCUCAAUGCAUGAAGUCACGGUGGUGAUUUGUGACAAUAAGUCAGGCAUUAAAAUGCCUGUAGUUAACGGGUACGGGGGUGGUUUUUUUUUCCCAGCGCCAUAACACAAGCUUCCGCCCGGCUCGGAGAUCCGCAUGAUGUACGAUACAGUGGCGGGCUCGACAACCAAGGUGCAGGGAAGUAUCCAAACCGAAAGAGCUAGUGUGGUGGUACAAGAUGCUCAACUUGCAAAUGCAAAAACAGACUUGGCUCGCAACACAAAGGUAUGGCUUUUGAAACAACACGUACACGUAGCUGUGGCACCGUACGCAAAUAGACUUUUCUUGCCGGCGGUUACUUUUGCAUUGCACGACACGAUAGUACACCUUCUAACUUUUUUCGGUGUGAUACUGGUCCGAUCCUACACCAUGACGGAUCCCAACGAUAGCUACAGUGGUAUUCUGAGUAAAAACGUCACCGUCUCCACCCCAAGGUUGUCAUGCAAAUUCACAUGCACCUCGACCUUCCCAGACUGUGUUUCAUGUGCAAAACCAUGAGAAGCGUCUCGUCAAUGCUGUCUGGAGCAUUGUCAUGAGCAGAAGCGACGUUUUUGGUGUGACUUCAAUAGCUGAGCACGAUUACGCUAGAGACCCAAACUUGUCAUGCACCACGCGCAAGAAAGGUCGUUGGUUCUGGUAGCAAUAAAAUGCAUACCUUCUUGGCUUUGAGCUGGUGACGUUUUUCCUCAGGAUGAACGAGCGGACAAACUUCAGGCUUGUUCAUAUGAAGUUCUCAAACGUUACAUUCUCAGCUGUAUACAUGAAUCUGUCAUGCAAUAAAAUUGGCACCAACAUCUACAUGAUCAAGCUGCGUCGCACGAGAAGUUCAAGUUCCCGCCUUGCUAGAUAGAUUCUAAUCUGCUCCAAACCUGUAAUGCAAAAGGCGCAAGAACCGUUCCCCUUUCACUUUUUAUGUUCCUGCAUUGCAAAUUCAUGCAACAGUUGAGAGUGUAACGUUGGAGAACGCCAUAGCACACGAGGAAUACACACCGCAGCAGCUGCGCGACAUCGAAAAAGCCCAUGAGAGGAAGUUCGUGAUCGAAUACAUAAACGAGCCUAUCAAGAUGACAACUAGAUGACAACUCCCCUCCUCCCCACAUUCGAACGCAGAUCUGUCUAGCAUGGCUUGUGUGCAAGAAAAGUCAAGUUUUGUCAUGCUAGAAGUCGGGAAGCAGAGAUGCGGACUCUAGUGGUCGCUGGCGUGAUGCUGGGAAGGCCGUGCGGCUUCAGUAUGACCAGGGGAAGCAACCACACUGUCAGGAACAGGAAUAGCAUGAUAAACUACCUGCAGACAGUCAAGAUUUGCGUGUCUUCGGCUGCUCCUAGCAAAAUACUAACUUGAUUUGUGCACGAAAAUUUGUGUACACAAAUCGCGCAUGAUCAGAAAUUUUCUUUGGAAUAUGGGGAGAAGGGAUUUUUUCUAUACGAUGCCACACAAUCCGGACGCACCACCGCUGCAGACCAUCACGCGGAAGACUGGCGACAGCAUCCUUGAGCUGGCCAUAAAAUUGCCAAAAUAUAAAAUGUUCGACUUGCAAGACUAUGUAUUGCGAGCAUGUAGUUUGGGUCAGGAAGAGAGCAAGGGGUCUCAUCAUGCUCGGCAACCUUAGUUUUCAACUCUGUCAUGCGCGUUAACGCCAAACGUGCUGACUUUUCUUUUCUGUCAUUCAAAAACGCAGGUUGCCCUGACAUCAUGAGGAACAGACUUUACCCCAGCAACUCAGAAUCCUAUCAUGCCUGGCCGUCAAGAAUUGAAUUGUCCUCAUCGGGCAAAACAAGCUCCUUCCAGACCCAAACAUAGUUUUUGCAUUCGAUAAAGAAAUCGGACAAGUAGACCACGACCAACCAUCUGCAUCUGCUCCGAGCAGGCCGCACCAAGACCACACAAAUAACGCCGACCUUCUUUCAACUUCGAACCAAAACACUUCCUCUCGCGAUGUGACCACCGUCGAGAUCAUCCGGGGCGAGCAGUCCGCCUCGGUCAACGAGCCGCGGGUCCUGUCCACCUCGUCCAGUGGCGUCAGCAGUUUUCCCGCGAUCAAACUCGCCCCGCCGACAGAUCUGGAGCAGCUAUUUCCUGCCGCGAGUCCAUUGCAAACGCAGUUCUGCUUAUCGCAGGAAAAAACUGCUUCACGACUGAUGGCUUUGCCAGGUCUGCAUGACACAGGAAAUAGAUUUCUUUUUCUUCGCCGUGCGCUCCUCCCAAGAAAAAUGACCCUGCUUGAAAGUAACCCGUUGUCUUGCAAGAGUAGAGUAAGCGAAGUAGGUCUAUGUUCCCUUCUAGUAUGCAUCACAAUUUCACAGACAGAGAAACAGUUUUUUCUUGCGAUACUGUGACGGGAGGUCCGAAGUCCGGAUACUGCCUACUUCUAAUACGACGCAGACCAGCAACUUGAAUAAUAUGGCGUUCUCAACAAACGUUACAUGCUCAGCUGUUGCAUGAUCUGUCAUGCAAAAUUGUCAUCAGCAUAUACGCAAUCAACCCGUUUAGCAUGACAAACUCUGGAAUGGGUAAAUAGCAUGGCAAUUUCUUCCAAAUUUGUAUAUGCAAGACGCGGAAUUUUCCCGCUUUCAUUUUUGUUGUUCUCGCAUCACAAAUCUGUGCAACAGUUGAGCGUGUAACACUUGAGAACGCCAUAAAUGCCGCGGGUUCUAGUUCUUCAUCUCGGGAACAACAACAGGAGCAGCAUAUGGACGUCGAGAAGGUUGGUGUCAACGAGAUGCAGCUGAUGUAGUUAUUUUGUGAAAAUGACCAUACAACGCUCUUCUCACGACCUUCUUGCAGUGAAGAUCACAAGCCUUAGGUAUCUUUACCAGAGGUCGCUCUACGCUUUUUUUGAUGUGACGUCUGCAUGCCAUGGUUAUUUUGUAUUUGUUUCACGGAAGUGGAAGCAAGGACGGUAUGCAACUGUCUACUCGUCUGCGUGUCGCACUCACUGACACCGACAUUCUUUCCGGGCAUAGCACCUCUCAGACAGCAGUUCGUCCAGGCAAAUCCCGCAGGAGGUGCUGUCCAGGCGCCUCCCGCGCAUCCUAAGGGAACGGGUGAAACGGGAACCACCACAGAAACGGGGGACCACGGAGGUGUGCAGUUCUACAAGCUGACGCCAGCAGCGAGUAUUACUUCUGUGCGUGGCACUUUUUUACUGCAGUUUUGUGGGUGAAUCUUCUAUUUGGAUUUGCUACAACUACUCCGCGGUAACCUAUUAACUACGAACUGUCAUGCGAAGUUGGCAGCCUACAGCUGCUACACUUUGAAUUCAUCGCACUGCAUGCACCAUUAACGCUACAUGAUUUCGGAAUUUUCAACGUAACUAUUCAGGCGCAUCCCCGGAAGGCCACCUCUACAUGAAACCUCCGCCUGGCGCGGAUCUGCAGCUGUGCUGGUACUACGAAGAGCCAGCGUACCCUACAGAAAAGUUGUACACAUACAUCAGAGAAAAAAGAACUUGUGGUGCGGUAUUUCGUGCUGUCACUUCUAAAACCCUGUUGAGCAUGACAAACCUUGUUCUGUGAUGCAUUACAGGCUGCGGUCUGCAAAACAGGAAAUUGCCUCCCCUGAGGGCAAUUCGGCUUUAGCAACACAAUGGUUUUUUUCUGGUAUGGAAGUAUGUACUUUUCUGUAGGAUAAGAAGAAGGUCGGAAAAAAGGAAGAUGAUGCUGCUGCUGCUGCUGCCGCAGUUGCUCCCGACGAGGAUGUCGAUGUCGAUAUGGCCCCAGCGGCUCCUGCUGCACCCGGAAAUGCCCUCCAACAAGAGCCGAUUAUCCCGCUUAUGGGAUUCAGUGCGGUGAGCCCAGGCGACGCCAGCUCCGGAGCAAACAGUCCCAUGGACGACGACGAUGCCGCAGCUGCACAAAUAAACCCGAUGGUGGGGACAAAGCGGCAACACCGCGGUGGAGCACAGCCACAGUGA